CCGACUGGAUAUCACAUGUAUUUUACUGUAAAAAAUAAUAAUAAUAAUAAUUAAAGAAGAGGAAGAAGUUAUUCCACAAUGUCUUGCAUACAUAAACGUCUGAAAAGGACAAAAUCAGAGGAGCAAGCUUUCCAGGAGCAGGUGAGAAGAGUUGCGCAGGAGAAUGGAAAACGGCUAGGUUUGGAGGGAGAUCCAGAUCUACAGUUUCUACUGGUCGGCGGGGAGCUGGUCAAGAUUCGCUCGAGCCGUUGGAAGAAGAUCCGCUUCUUCAAACUGCAGGAAGACUGCAAGACGUUCUGGCAUGAGUCCCACAAUCCAUUCAGGCGGAAACAGACUUUCUCCAUCGAUGACAUUGAUUCAGUGCGCCAGGGCCGUCAGUCCGAGGGGCUUAAUAAACACACCAACAGCGGUGAUGAAGACCAGUGCUUCUCCAUCAUCUUCAAGGGCAGCAAGAAAAAUCUCGACCUGAUGGCAGCCAACAGGGAGGUGGCCAAACAGUGGGUCAGCGGCCUGGACAAGAUCAUCAGCAACAUGCUCAACCUCAGCCGCCAGCAGAAGAGUGAGCAUUGGAUCAUAAACUGCAUGCGGAAAGCAGACAAGAAUGAUGACAACAAGAUGACCCUGAAGGAGCUGAAGCACUUCCUGAGACAGGUCAACAUUGAAGUGGACGACACUUACGCGGCGGACAUUUUCAAGAAAUGUGACAAGUCCAAUUCAGGCUCCCUGGAGGGCUCCGAGAUCGAGCACUUCUACGACCUGCUGACACACCGGGAAGAGAUAGAUGUGAUUUAUGGGAAGUAUGCUCAAACAGAGGGUCAGAUGAGCGCCAGAGACCUGCUCAACUUCCUGUUGAAUGAGCAGAGGGAGCAGGUGCCCAUGGAGGACGCUCUCAAGCUGAUUGACAAAUAUGAGGUGGAUGAGACAGCGAAGCAGAAGAAGUGCAUGUCCAAAGACGGCUUCCUGAUGUACUUGCACCAGGCGGAGGGCUCCGUCCUCAACCCGGCCCACAAACAGGUGUACCAGGACAUGCACCAGCCCCUCAACCAUUACUACAUCUCCUCCUCACACAACACAUACCUGAUGGCCGACCAACUCAAAGGACCCAGCAGCACGGAAGCCUAUAUAAAAGCACUGAUGAAGAGCUGUCGCUGUGUGGAGCUGGACUGUUGGGACGGGGCUAACGGCGAGCCUGUCAUUUACCACGGAUACACACUCACGUCCAAAGUGCUCUUCAGAGACGUCAUCAAAGCCAUCAAUGACUACGCCUUCAAAACGUCUGACUACCCAGUGAUUCUGUCCCUGGAGAACCACUGCACCGUGGACCAACAGAAGCUCAUGGCCCAUUAUUUAGUCUCCAUCCUGGGUGAUGCUUUGGUCUCAAAGCCUCUGGGCAACACCAUGCCUACCGACUUCCCCUCACCUGAGGAGCUGAAGGGAAAGUUCCUCAUCAAGGGGAAGCGAUUGAACAAACUGGAUGCCUGCCUCAACAAUAACAGCUUACUUGAGGAAGACACCGUCUCUGAGGAGGAUGAGGCCGCAGAUUGUAAAGAGAACGGCCAGAAAGCCAAAUCAAAGAAAUCAAAAAUAAAACUUGCCAAAGAGCUUUCAGACGUCGUCAUCUACUGCAAGAGUGUCCAUUUCAAUGGCUUUGAACACGCCAAGGAAAAGCAAGCCUUCUAUGAGAUGUCCUCAUUCAAGGAGAGUAAAGCCUUCAACCUGGCUGAGAAUUCAGCGACUGCCUACAUGCAUCACAACAUGGACAAACUCAGUAGGAUCUACCCUGCCGGCUCCAGAACUGACUCCUCCAACUAUAACCCAGUGCCCACGUGGAACGUUGGCUGCCAGAUAGUGGCGUUGAACUUCCAGACUCCCUCCAAGGAGAUGCACAUAAACCAGGGUCGGUUUCUGCCGAACGGUGCUUCUGGCUACAUCCUGAAACCGGAAUUUCAGAGAAGCCUGUCCUCUCAGUUUGACCCGAACACACUCUCCAGGGGGCCCUGGCUAAAGAGGAAAACCUUUAAUGUGAUGGUGAUCUCAGCUCAGCAGUUACCUAAACUCAACAAGGACAAACAAAAAUCCAUUGUUGACCCUCUGGUGAGGGUGGAGAUCUACGGCGUCCCAGCGGAUAACGCCAGCAAAGAGACACACUACAUCGAUAACAAUGGGUUUAACCCGAUGUGGAAUGAGAGAUUCGUGUUUGACAUCCACGUCCCAGAGCUGGCCAUGGUGCGGUUUGUGGUGGAGGACUAUGACUCAACAUCCCAGAAUGAUCUCAUCGGGCAGUACUGUCUGCCACUCACCAGCGUACAGAACGGGUAUCGCCACGUCCCACUGCUCACCAAGAGAGGUGACGUCAUCAGCUCAGCUGGACUGUUCAUGCAUUUCAUGCUCACAGACGCACAGUAGGAAUCACGUUUGGAUAAACCUUCAUGUUAGCAACAGCAUUAUUUGGGAAAUUCUUUAAAGGAAUUUGUCUAGUUUUGGAGCUAAAUAUAAUUAAACUCUGACCAAAUAUAAGUUUUCAUCCAAGCCGCAGGUGCUGACUCACCGUUUUUUGAGUAACACUUUCCAGUCAUUGUAUAAUUUGAGCUUUUUUUUAAAAGAGGUGUGGUUGAGAGUUGUUGUAUGCUAACAAAGAAAGAGUGAAUGAAAAGUUGAAUGAAAGAGCAGUGUGGGAAAGUAUUUAAAGAAAGUCAUUUAACUGUAUUUGCCAUAUUGGGGGGGGGGGGGGGAUAAUUGAAGGAGCAAGAAGGUCUGAAUUCCAGCUCAAGAUAUUUUUGAAUAGUAUUUUAUUACUUAUAGACUUUUUGAGGCUUUAUAUUUCCCUUAAGGAUCAAAUAAGCCAUGCUCAUGGAAACAAUGUAUUUGUCAAGAAGCACAACAAGUAUGGAACUGUUUUUGUGUCUCUGCCUUGAUUUAGGUUGAGUGAAGUUAUGAUGUUGGUCACUGGAGUAAUAGUGUGAACAGUAUAUAACAAAAGCCAAAUGUUUUGCCCAUUGAGAGAGCCAUAUGUGUGUCUGCCCUACAAUGUUUGGCAAUGUUUUCAUUUUUAACCAACUUAAAACUUUUGGGGAUUUUAAUAUUAUGAGCAUAUCAAGAAAUGAACUAUAUCAUACAUAUAUCUGCUCUUAACAUAGUGAGCAUGAAUUCAUCUUAUCCAAGUAUUUUCUGUGAAACAAAUGUUUUAUGUUAAACUUGUCUUGUCUCUUAUCUGCAUUUGCACUAGUUCUCAAAUAAAACCAGCAGAGUCCCUUAUUCAA